AACCGCAUUCAUCACCAUGACGUCCGCAUCCCCAUACGGAGACCUCCGUCACCUAUUGCCGAAUAAUUACAAGACGCUGAUCACGGCUUGGCUCGAGGAGGACACCCCUAGCUUUGACUAUGGUGGCUUUGUCGUUGGUGAGUCGGAGGGUGAGGCGCGAUUACUUGGGAAGAGCGAGGGUGUAGUAGCUGGUGUUCCGUUCGUCAAUGAGGUUUUUUCGCAGCUUGGGUGCACUGUGGAAUGGCAUAUUAAAGAAGGCCUCCCCCUCAACCCGAACCCAACCCACCACUGCGCCACCGUCCGCGGCCCAAUCCGCAAAAUCCUCCUCGGCGAGCGCGUCGCCCUAAACAUCCUCGCCCGCUGCUCUGGCAUCGCAUCCAAAUCUGCCUCCCUGCUCGCCGCCCUCCGCACACACGGCUGGGCCGGUACCCUCGCAGGAACCCGCAAGACGACACCCGGGUUCCGGAUUGUUGAAAAGUACGGUAUUCUGGUUGGAGGGGCAGAUCCGCACAGGCACGAUCUGAGCCAUAUGGUUAUGCUCAAGGAUAACCAUGUUUGGGCUUGUGCGAAUAACUCUGCUGCGGCGGAUGGGGGCAACAGAGCUGUUGGGGAGGAGUCGAUUGCGGCGGCGAUCCCGAGGGCCGUGCAGGCUGCUAAGAGCGUUGGUGGGUUUGCGACGAAGGUUGAAGUCGAAGUGAGGAAUCUGGAGGAGGCGAAUGCAGCGAUUGAAGCUGGUGCGGAUGUUAUCAUGUUGGAUAACUUCACAGCGGACGAAGUUAAGGUUGCUGCAAAGCAACUUAAGGAGGAGUGGGCGGCUAAGGGGAAGAGGAAUGCGUUCCUGGUGGAAGUUAGUGGGGGUUUGACGGAGGCGAAUGCGGCUUCGUUUGUUUGUGAGGAUGUCGAUAUUUUGUCGACAAGCUCGAUUCACCAGGGGACAUCUAUUGUAGACUUUUCAUUGAAGGUAUCGUUGCGGUAGGUAUGUUACAUUACAUUGCAUGAACGUAUAUAGACAUGUUUACAUACUCUGCAUGGUUGCACAGUUAAGAUCGAGUCAAUACGAAUGCACUCUUCACGAACCAGCAGAGUUUCCAGGGGUUAGCCCUGAUGAACGAACAUAAUAACGUGCAAAUACUGAAGAGUCGAUUUUGAUCCGAACAGUGAUGAAAUCAAUACUUCUGACAAGAUCUGCUUUCUAGCAUUAUAUGACACAGAAAUGCGCAUUGGCCAUGAUUGUUACAUUAUUACUGCAUAUCUAGUCUUCGUGUCCUCGUUGCAUAUGAGGGGGUUGGAGAAGUCAGCUAAGC